UGCCGGGCGGCGGUCGCAAGCACGAGAUCACAGAGGAGAUCGAACGCCGCGCCGCUGAGAUGGACAUUGUCGUCAAGGAAGACAACAUUCGCUUCUUCGAGCGCGAGAACAAGCGCGUGUCGAUGCUCGUCAAGACCAUCAAGGCCAUCAAGGAGCAGCCGUUUGUCUUCUUCAUCAAGUCGCCGGACCUCACGGUGCUCAACAAGGUCAUCUUGUAUGUCCGCAGCAACGAGAUGACCAACACACUCCGGUUCGUGCACGUGUACGCCGAGGCGACAGACGACGAGCUCCAAGCGAUUUCCGCGCUCAAGGAGAUGGUCGCGCUCUUUGACCGGAUUUACCCCAAGCUCAAGGCCGACUUGGUCACGAUCCACGGCAAGUUUGAGCCCGCGCUCGUCCAGUGGCUGAGCAAGGAGUAUAGCAUGCCGACCAACAUGAUGUUCAUCAAGCAGCCCACGAACCAGGCCGCGCACAAGGUCGCGGGUCGUGGCGUCCGCGUCAUCACUGGCUAGCGAUAGAAGAGCUUUUUGAAUACCCUAUACCAUAGUCUACAAUGUAUCAGUGAAUCAAAGCAAACUCCC